AUGUCAGCUGACGCACCUGUCGACUACGACAUCUUUGCCCAUCCCUCCUUCGACUCAAACGAAUACGCGAAUGCCAUCCUCGCACGCGAAUCAUACAAUCCCUCAUCCUCUAAGCCCAAACCAAGCACAACAAUUGUCAGAGGAGCAGGCCCCAUCUCUUCUGAAGCCGGUAAAGAGGACAUAUCCCUCGCCAUCGCCAAACUGAACUUUGCGAUUGACGAUGUGGCAAAGCAGUUACAAAAUGUCGUCGUGACGCACCAUGAAGCUCUAUUGGCACAAGCGAGCACAGUCACAGAUCUGGAGAGGGCUAUCGGCUCGGUGAGGCAUGGACUGGAGCAGGUUGAAACUUCCCUGGACCGGCUGAAAAAUAAGAUUCAAUUACCACACGCGACCCUCUCAGCACAUGUCGUCCGCCUCCAGCGUUUGCAGCUGGCAACGGACGUUCUCCGCCGCACAUCGCGCUUCAUAAUCAUCGCCCGACGACUUGAGGUGCAAAUGGCAGAGGUGGAUGCUGAGCCCUCGCAUGCCGUUAAUGGGAGUGGAGCCGCGACGGAGGUUUUGGAAGGGGAUAAGGAGAGGGCGAUCGCCAAAGCUGCAUUGAGUAUCGCUGAACUCGUGUCACUCUACUCCGCCCCAUCGGUAACUGUUGUCGACCAAGAAGGUGAUUCUUCUACCUCCAUUUCAACCGCAACUCCACGUGUACCUCUCUCCCAAGUACGCGCUGUUUCACGGCACAUUGCCCAGAUCGAAUCCCACCGGAUCAGAGUAACCUCUUCAAUGGAGACCAUGGUCUCGAACGGCCUGCUAAACCUGGAUCAAUCGCUGCUGGCCUCAUCUCUUCAGACAGCUUACAAUCUCGGCGUACUUCCAAAGCUGGUGCAGAACUUGAUGGCUGAUCUGACGGGUGCGGUGGACGAGAGGAUUAGGAGUGCCUUUGAUGUGAACCGGAUAUCGCGCGAGACGGCUGUCAAAGAGGCACCCACGUCGUCCGUCCCCAGCCUGAUGUACAAAUCCCGCAUCCGCACGGAACCUACCCAGAUCACCGCUCCCCAAUGGACGCAAGCGCUGUGGUCCCGCCUUGAUCUGCUGAUCGAAGACAUGGCCUCUUGCUGCAUCAAGGUCUACACACUGGAGAAGGUACUCCAGCGAAAACGCGACCCCGCUACAGGGGUUGUCUUUCUAGACGAAGGCAUGAAGUUGCUCGAAAAUAAACCCAGUUCCACAUUUUGGAUGUCGCUGUCCCAGGCGAUCGAGAAGCAUACAAGGGAGAAUGCGAGGAACUCGACAUUUCUGCAACAAACCCUCAGCACAUCAUACCCGCGAUUCUUGCGCCUGUUCCACGACUUCUUCGCCAAGAUCGCCGUCCAUACCGAUACAGUAUAUACCCUCUCCCAACAAAGCCCAGAAACAGUCUUAAUCCUACGUUCCAUCUCUCAGUUUGAGACGCUGUACCUCUCUCGCUCCACCGUCAGGCUAAAUGAGGCCGUCUCCGCUGUCGUCGCGAACAAGGACGCUACACUCCUCGUGCGGACCAUCGCGAACGAGCUAGACAAGGCGAGAUUUGAUCCUCUUUUGGUGCGUUCGGUGGCGAGGAACGUGGUAGGCUCCCUGGACAACUUGAUCAUGCGGCUCGAUGGCCAAGUCAUUAAGGACAGACUUGCCACAUCUCUACAGGGACCAGGAGCGACAAUUCAGCAGAUCGGCAAUGCACAGGUCAUCAGCACACUCUACCAGACCUGUGUCCGACUACGCAAGUUGCAGGACGAGUUCCAUGAGAGUGUAUGGACUAUCGUAGAGCCCAGCACAAGAAUGAUCCAAGCAGCCUAUCAACGCGCUGUCGAGCCUCUACUGUCCGCCAUUCGGCGAGAGACAGCCGCCAUCAUAGCCCGGCUACACCGGGUCGAUUAUGGCAAACCGUUUGACGCGACUGUGGGCGGGGCGUCGAGCGUGUACAUGGAUGAUCUGAUAACCAAGCUUACGCUUGUAAGGACAGACAUACUGCCGAGGUUUGACGUUGGAGAACUGAGGAAUGAGUGGAUCAUGCAAAUAACCAAACAUGUCCUCAAGCACUUCGUGUUGCACGCGUCUAUCGCGAGCCCACUAGGAGAAGGUGGCAAGCUCCAGCUGACGAGCGACAUGACUCAGCUCGAGUUUGCGCUUAAUCAGUUUGUCUCAUCCGGUGAUGGGAGUGGGCCGAAACGGGGCAGCAGACUGCGGCUCGAGAACGCUGGGGAUGAUUUCAGGGCGCUAAGGGGGCUCAGGCCACUCCUAUUCCUCGACCCUGCUGACCUCACAUCACCAGCACACACAGCCGGCCUCCCACCUCUCAUCGUCCUGCACCACAUCCUUGUUCUCUCCCCAUUGCCAAUGCCACACACGACAAACGGGUGGACAGAAGCAGAGUAUGUGCGAUGGGUGGACACGCACGCGCCGAGCGAAGCGUGCGAUUUGGUGGAGGCGUGCUUGGGUAGGGGGGAGAAGAACGUUGCUGGAGGGUUCGAGAAGGCGGAGAGAGAGAAGGCACAGGGAUGGGUCGAGCUGGCGAGGACGGUGCUUGCACACUCCCGGGACCCGCAUCUACACACUCGAACGGGGAGCACGGUGGUCAAUGGGCGCAGCUAGCUGGGAUACCGUACAACCGAGUAAUAUAUGACUUGGGCGCCUGCAGUGAAUUGGCAAGGAUUAUGCCAGAGUUCGGUUAGCGUUGACAUAUCCGAUGCCCACACAGGAGACUAGUAGCUCCGUGUUGUCCCUAUCCAUUGGUUCUGCUGGAGAGAUCUUGAACACCGUUCCAAAGAAUGCGCGGAUGUCGCGGAAGUGUUGAAUGGCUCUGGGGCUCAGCUCUCCCAUCCUGCACCUGCUUACGUCUUCGCUCCCCAGCACCAUAUACAACAGGACUAAACACUGAUGAAGCCUAUCGACACAUCCUCCCCUCUUGAGUUCGAGCAGCAGCGCGCGCGAGGAGUGGAGGGCUACUUCUUCUGGUGUUGUUCCUGGUAGGGAGACAGAUUCAGAGCAGUGUAGUGCGCCGGUUGUAGAUUCAGCGACAAGGGAGAGAGCGUAGCCUGGGGAUUUGCCACUGUCCUCGCCCUUGAAUACGUCACUGUACAAGUAUACAUCGGGUAUGUAUCUAUUCAGCACUCCCCGUGCAGCUUCGAUCAUACGAUUAGAGAACUGCGGGCUGACUCUGACAGAGUGGGCGAUCCCUCUGAUCCUCUUGAUCUUCCCGGGUUCAACAAAAUUGAGCGUCUUAAGACUCUUCACCACAGGGCAGAUAAACUGCACUUCUCCGCCUCCACCAGGAAAAGCCCCACGUUUCCGGAUGCGGAGCUCCACACCCUCGCCUACGCCGAAUGGGGCGAGCGUGGGCAAGGUGACAGUCCGUAUGAGGUCCACGCUCAGGUCCCGCUCGUCCGUCGUAAUACCCUUGAGAGUGAGCUCUACCCGUUGCUUGCAAAACGGAGCAAGGGUAAGUAUUGGCUCCAGAAAAUAUCCCACAGAGCGAGUGAGAGGACAGUCAUGCGAAAUCGGGCCGCCGAUCAGGACGCCUGGGCCGAAGAGAAGAGAAGUGCCGGUGAGGGAGAUCUCGAUGUUUGACCCGUUCGUGAGCUUUUCGAGGAGUCGCAGUAGCGAGACUUCAAAAUCUCGCAACCCGGGAUCCUUGUCGUCACUCCUAAU